CGCCUAGAACGCCUGUGCAAGGACUUGGGCGUGGCCGGGCUCUUGUGGAGAUGGCGGAGGACGGAGAGGUAGCAGUCCCGUGUUGCGCCCCGCUCCCGCCUCCCUCCAAGCCCCGUUACUCGGGCUUAUAAGGGUGGCGGCUGACGAAGACUCGAGUGGCCGCGUGGGAAGGCCGCGUCCCAGGCCUCCAGGGAAGUCGUCUCUUCUCCCGUCUUGCACGGGACCUGAUACGCAUGCGCAGCGCAAGGCGCCGGAACUGAAGAAAUGGAGCCCCAAGCAACUGAGAAGGCCUUAGGUGGGAGGAAGAAGUUCACCGUGAAGACGCAGGACGAAGAUGCCGCCCCAGCAGUGAAACAGCUCUUCAGGCCUUCUUUGGCAGCAAGGCCCUCACCAGCCCCUGCGGCCCCAGUUGUGCCAGGGGAUGCAUCCUACGCAGAUUACAUUGUUGGGCAGGCAGCGACCUCCUCGGCUCCACGGGUGAAACCAGUGGCAUCAGUGACCUCAGUGGCACCCCCUCCGCAGGCUGAAAGCAGGAGCAGUCCAGUCUCGCAGGACAUUGCAGAAGACCAAGAUUCCCCGUUGAACCCAGCGCUGAAGCCAGGAGCCAAGCACAACAGCAUCAUUGUCAGCCCACGUCAGAGGGGGAACCCCAUUCUGAAGUUUGUCCGCAAUGUGCCCUGGGAGUUUGGGGAGAUUGUCCCGGAUUACGUGCUGGGCCAGAGCACCUGCGCCCUUUUUCUGAGUCUCCGGUACCACAACCUGAACCCCAAUUACAUCCAUGAGCGACUGCGGAUUCUGGGCAAGACAUACCUGCUGCGGGUGCUCCUCCUCCAGGUUGAUGUGAAAGACCCACACCAGGCACUGAAGGAGCUGGCAAAGAUCUGCAUCCUUGCUAACUGCACCCUUAUCUUGGCCUGGAGCCCAGAGGAGGCCGGCCGCUACUUGGAAACAUACAAGGCCUAUGAGCAGAAACCGGCUGACUUGCUGAAGGAGAAGGUGGAUCAGGACUACCUGUCCAGAGUGACCGACUGCCUGACCAGUGUGAAAUCUGUGAACAAGACUGACACGCUGAGCCUCCUCUCCACCUUUGGAUCUCUGGCCAGCAUUGUUCAAGCUUCCAAGGAAGACCUGUCCCUCUGCCCGGGGAUCGGGCCCCAGAAGGCCAAGAGGCUCUUUGACAUCCUGCACGAGCCGUUUCUCAAAGUGCCCAAGUGAUCAGAACCCUCCUGCGAGGAACCAAGGGGGGGUGUGUGUGUGUCAGGAGGGGAGCUCCUGCCCUCUUCUUCCCACCCAGGCAUGGCCUCGUCUGUGCAGACUUAUGGAAGCCCAACGCGGGGCAGACGGCCUUCUGCAAGAGAACUGAAGCCUUAUUUUGCUAAAAACCCAUAUUAUUAUUCCACCGGCCCCACUUUACAAUAAAACAGCAAGUGGCAA